UCAAGGGUGGCGGAAUCUUAAAAAACGGGGAAAGUUGGACGACACAGUCAAAACCAGGCUAAAGUUUGGCGAUAUUUUCACUGUGACCAAGCGUCGCAACGAUGCUUCCAGUGAACUUGCUAUCUUUACGUUUGAGAAACGGAGCUACCCUGAAAAUUGGGACAAGUGUAAGAAAAUUUCUGGCUCUGAGAGUGAAUCCAGUUUCCCCCCAGAUAAAAAUCAUUUGAUUUUCUCCCACAUUCUGUCCUACCUCCCACUCGGAAGCUUGAAGAACGCCCGACUAGUCUGUCGCCACUGGGACGAACGAGUGACUCCCAUUCUGCAAAAGAAAUGCGUUAUAUAUUUCAACUAUUACUCGGACGUUUACAACCCUUCGCUGAAAUUUUGGCGAUACGUUCACGACAUGCGAAACGUCGCAGAUUGGCCAAACUGGAAGAUUCGCUUUCCACACCUGCCAGCCAAAGAGGACGAUCCGGAAAAUAGAAAAGAUCAAUAUGUCACCGGACUGAACUGGUUUCUUCAGCCGAGAAGGGAACUUCACGUUAAGACGUUGUCCUUGAGCGGGGACAUCCACUCUGACCAGGAUUACAGGUUAUAUCUCGACACCGUUUACAAAUUUAAAGACACCUUAGAAGAGUUACGUCUCAACAUCGCCAUGGAAAUUUGCGACGAUCAAGGCACCGAGAACGACUAUUCAAGCCGGCCCGACCUAGCUUUCAAUAAAUUAAAGAAGUUCUCUCUACGACUCGAUGAUCUUUAUGACCCACAACGAGCCACACUGACCGCGGACUGGAUGCAAACUUGGACCGACGCGAUUAAGCAGGUGGUCUCCAUCUCUACCGUCGGCUAUGAUUUCAUUGGGUCAAGAUUUCUCGAAGAGUUGCGAACAACGGGAACUUCGCAGUAUCAAAAUUUGAGAGAAAUCUCUCUCACUUGCAAGCCGGAGGAUGCCAUCAAUUUUCUGACAGAGAUAACCCAACCCCUGAAAAAGUUGAAUUUGAGAUUACCUCUGAAAAAUGGACAUCUUCCCGAAUUUGAAAAAUCUCCUCAAGAAAUUCGCCUCGUCCUUGGAAUCUCUAAAGUUUCGUGUCGCCACGGAUGAAAUGGAAGAGAAGUCGCGUUUCGUCGUUAAUCUGUCAUGUUUUCCUAAACUGAAAAGCUUAGAUUUUCACUUUGGGGCGUUCAAACACACCUCGUAUUACGCUGAACCUGACAGUUUGGAAUGUCGUGUCAAAAACGUGGCACGAUUAAGCCUCGCAUUUCCUCCGUUGCCGGGUUCACGUGACGACGUCGUCGACUAUGGACGCCACCUUCCCGAGAUUCGUUCCAUCGUCUUGAAGCCAUGGAUGUAUGACGACGAUGAAGAUGAUUUUUGGGUAACCUACAGCGAUCUGAUUGACAAUUUUCUUCCCAAAGGAGAAGGACAACGUUGCGAAACUCUGCAAGAUUUGGUCAUUUGGAGGAAUAACGUUAAACCGGAAACGCGAUAUCGUCAAGCUUCCCGACUCCCGGGAAUAUUUCCAAGUGUUAGGAACGAAUGGAUGGUCAAAUUGAGGGAGAAAAUUGAUACUUAAACAAUUAACUUUGUUCAUUUCUUUGAAUUUACGUUUGUCCAAGAAGUUAUCAUAGUUAAUAAGAUAUUAAAUUAACCACUGUGUGCGAAAGAGAUGAUUAAUUUAAUCUAAAUCCUUUGCAUUUCAUGAUUCAAUUUAUGGCAGUAAUUAUUCAAUUAAGGAUUUUGCUACCUCUGUC